CCCCGUUUAUGUGUAGUAGGACACAUCCCUUCAUAGCGACCACGGCUGCUGUCACCAACACCACAGCGCCGAUGCUAUCAUAGGAGGACUGGAUGACAAUCUCUUUCGCCUAUUAGGACAUUGGAUUUGAAAGACAGCUAUCAGCCAUUUUAUCGUCGGUAAACUUACGCUCUUUCUAUCCCUUUUCAUUUUGAACAAUGCCUUCAUGAAGUAGGUUUACAAAAGCUAAAUACGCCAGGUUUGGAUAAGAUAACAGUGGCUUUUAUUGACGCCAGUUUCCUGCUUUCGCACUCAAUUCUAGCGUGUGACGACAGGGAUGCGGAGUUUGGGGAAAGCAAAUAAACUGGUUCGCAUUUUGAACUAUUUACACGAUUUAUCAGUCUACUGCACGCUAAACUGUUACAUCAAAUAGUUUCUUUAAUUUUCCAGAACCUACACGCAGUAGCCAGUGAUUGUGUUUUUAUUAGGGAGUGAGUAUCAUUCAUAAGCCCCCCCCCCCCCUUAAAUUUCCUGAUGUGGGCAAAGCUGGUGAAAUGACCAGAAAUCGGUUUUAAAUCACAAACAAGAGGUCGAAUAGAAGGUCCUAUAUUGCUACAUGGAAUCUGGAACUACAAAUUCAGUGUAGAUAAAGUGAUGAUCGAUGUUAUUGUACAGAUACAAUGUUGCUGAUGGGCCACAUUCCCAAUGUUGACAUAUAGGCAGUGAUUUUCUCAUUUUGUUGACACAUGGCUAUCAAAAGAAGUUGUACUACUAGCUAGUGCCAGGUGCAUCAGCUUACCAAAGCAUACAGGAAGCACACAGACAAGUCUCAGUUUGAGAGAGUGGGCUAUAAUCUUGGGAGAUGACAGAUGGACACAUUGGGAAGAUUGGAACCUGUGACCCUGCAGUCUAAAGACACCAUGGAGCAAGGCUUCAGCUUCAGCACACUGAAGAAGCUGGCGGCCGAGCCGGACCACACGGACGUGAGCCUGACGGCGGCAGAGCGCGUGCGGGCCCUGAGCAAGAUGGGCUGCAGCAUCGAGAUCAACGAAGAGAUCACGCCACGCCGCUACUUCCGGUCCGGGGUGGAGAUGGAGCGCAUGGCCGCCGUGUACCUGGAGGAGGGCAGCCUGGAGAAUGCCUACGUCCUCUACAACAAGUUCAUCACUCUGUUUGUCGAGAAACUCCCCAGCCAUCGAGACUACCAGCAGUGCAGUGUGCCUGAGAAACAGGUGAUAAUAAAGAAGUUGCAAGAUGUCGCAUUUCCGCGGAAAGAUCAAUUGAAGAAGCUCCUCCACGAGAAGUACAACAAGGAACAUACAGAGUAUCUCAAAAGUCAGAGCCAGGCGGUGGUGGCGGAUUGCUGCGGCCAGCAGCUGCAGAAGAUGUCUCUGGUUGAGCAGGAGAGGCAGAGGGUGGCGCAGCUGCGCAGGAUGCAGAUGGAGUCGGAGCAGUUCCGCUACUUCGAGGACCAACUGCGCAGACAGGAGCUGGCCAAUCGCAGAGACGAGGCGGCCGCUAAAGUGCCUGAACAAACGGACGGCUCCUGCCUGUCCCACUCCUCCAAGAACCAUGUUCGUCUCGACCCAAACCGCAAUAAACAGCUUCUCCCCAGCAGCAAGCCAGCAGCUACACUGGCUGGCGUACAUAAUCAACGGGUUGAGGGCCUGAGGCGGGUGGGCAUUCCUAGAGACCUGACCUACAGGUUUUUACUGCUAGCCGACAGUAACACAGCCAGGGGAAUAGAGACAUGCGGGGUACUCUGUGGAAAACUGACUCAAAACGAGUUCAUGCUGACCCAUGUGGUGGUGCCCAAACAGUCAGCCGGCCCAGACUACUGUGAUAUGGAGAACGUGGAGGAGCUCUUUAGUUUCCAGGACCACCACAACCUACUGACUCUGGGCUGGAUCCAUACCCACCCCACCCAGACGGCCUUCCUGUCCAGUGUUGACCUGCAUACACACGGCUCCUACCAGCUCAUGCUGCCUGAAGCCAUCGCCAUCGUCUGCUCGCCCAAACACAACGAUACGGGAGUGUUCAGACUCACCAGCUCUGGGAUGGGGGAGGUCGCUGGCUGCAGACUGAAGGGCUUUCACCCACACUCCAAGGACCCGCCGCUCUUUAGCAUCUGUAGGCAUGUUGUUAUAAAGGACUCGAAAACAACAGUGCUGGACCUCCGGUGACAGCGAGGGGAAGACAAGACACCAACAACCCUCACCAUCACAAACUGGAACUCCUAUUUAUUUUUUUAUUUAACCUUUAUUUAACUAGGCAAGUCAGUUAAGAAAAUAUUCUUAUUGACAAUGACGGCC